GGCGCAUUGCGGUGGUUUGUCGUUGCGGUGGUUUAAUCGAAUAUAACGGCGAGCUUCGUUUUUAUUGAAGAAUAGCGUGCAUUCAUAAAAAAAAACUAUUCUAAAAUGGAUACGUUUUUAUUGAUAGUAACUUUUUUAAUUGGAUAUAUAAUAUAUUUUUUAAUUAAAUCUAUGAAACGACCAACAGAUUUUCCACCAGGUCCUCAAUUUCGUCCGUGGGUUGGAAAUUCUUUUGAAUUACGAAAAGACGCAAUCGCCUUAAGUGGACAACAUAUGGCUUUCGAGAACUGGUCAAAGAAAUAUAAUACAGAUAUCUUAGGCUUAAAGCUACGUGAUGAACUUGUUGUUGUUGUUCUCUCUUAUACACUUGUACACGAGGUACAUUUGCAAGAAGUUUUUGAAGGACGACCGGAUACCUUUUUUCUACGUUUACGUACUAUGGGUACGCGAAAAGGUAUAACCUGCACUGAUGGAAAACUCUGGUAUGAGCAUAGAAAUUUUGCUAUGAAACAAAUGCGUCAUGUAGGUUAUGGUCGGACACAAAUGGAACAACAUAUCGAAAAGGAAUGCAAUAGCUUAUUAACAUAUAUUGAAAAUACAAAAUCAGAACCUAUUUGGCCUGGUACAUUUCUGGCACAAAGUGUAAUUAAUGUUUUGUGGUGCCUGACUGCUGGACAGCGUAUCGAACGUAAUGAUAAGCGUUUGGUUAAACUGCUCGAUUUGCUUAAUCGUCGCUCAAAAGUCUUUGAUCUUUGCGGUGGAAUGCUGACUCAGUUUCCUUGGUUACGUCAUAUAGCACCAGACAAAUCUGGUUAUAAUUUAGUGCGCCAAAUGAAUGAAGAGCUACAUCAUUUUUUUAUGGAAACUAUUGAAGAACAUAAAAAACGAUUGACACCCGAAAAUGCUGAUUCUGAUUUAAUUUUUGCAUAUAUACGAGAAAUGAAUAACCAUCUUGGUGCAGAAAAUAGCACUUUUAAUGAAACCCAACUUACCAUGACAAUUCUAGACUUUUUUAUAGCCGGCUCACAAACCACUAGUAAUACUUUAGAUUUAGCCCUAAUGAUGCUCGCGACACGCCCAGAUAUACAACAAACGAUAUCUCAGGAAAUUGCUGCUAAUCUCAAGUUUAAUACUGACGAGUUUCCUCAUCUAAGUGCACGAACUUUCUACCCCUAUUUGGAUGCUUUCAUUAUGGAAGUUCAAAGAUACUUUCAUAUCACACCCAUAACUGGACCUCGCAGAGCAUUAUGGGAUACAACUUUAGGAGGAUACAAUAUUCCUAAAAAUACAACGAUAUUGAUUGGUCUACGCUCUGUACAUAUGGAUAAAACACAUUGGGGUGAUCCUGACAUUUUCCGUCCAGAACGUUUUAUUGAUUCAGAAGGUAAAACAAUAAAAGACGAGUAUUUCAUGCCCUUCGGACAAGGACGCAGACGAUGUUUGGGGGAUGCAUUAGCAAGAGCCUGCAUUUUCUCAUUUCUCGUAAAAAUCAUUCAAAAUUAUAAAAUUGAGUGUGCAGAAACUGACAAGCCUUCGUUAAUACUUCAGCCGGGAAUCACAUUAUCACCAAAACCUUAUAAAGUCAAAUUUUUAGUACGUGAAUAA